AUGCGGGCGCUACCUUGCCACAGUCUUGGUUGCCGAGUAGUCUACGAGAGCCUCGAAAUAUCCCCAGAAAAAGAUCGUGGACUUGGACUCAAAACAAGUAGUGAUAUUUCGGCAGGUACGGCUAUAGGCGAGUACAAGGGUAAGCCUACUACACAACACGAGUGGGAAAAGUUGGACAAGUCCGAGAGGAGGUAUAUGAUUCGAAUUGGUGCAAGCUUCUUCAAGGAGAGGCGAUAUCUCAAUGGGGAGGUGAAUGGUAAUAAGUUGGCUCGGGUAAAUCAUUCAUGUGAACCAAACUGCCAAAUGGAGGAGUGGAUUGCCGACGGUUAUGCUCGUUUGGUGCUAAUCGCGAAGCGAAAUAUCACUGUAGGAGAGUACCUAUCUUUUCAUUACGGCAAUGAAACAAAUUUCAACGGAGGAUGUCGCUGUGGCACUGAGUGCCAGCUCGGCACUUCGCUGAAGUCCACGAAUAGUUAUCGAACCCGACUGCCUAGCCACGCCAUCGCUAGGGGGCCGGCGGAGUUGGGUUGA